UUGGUUUGGUAUUGACCAGCCGACACGUGCUGACCGACGACAUGUGCGGGCAUCUUUGUGAACUGAGAACGACCAAAGAAACGAUCUUUCUCUCUUUCGGUCUUUCCCCUUCUUCUUUUAAAUCCUUUCUUUCGUACCUUCCUUUCUCCAACAUGCUUUAGCCGGCUUCAUUCCAGAGAAACGAAUAGCUUUGCAUCCGCUUUGUAUCUACGCAGGGUUUGGACUUGGGACGUUUGAGCAACUUGGGAAAUGUCGAGCCAGCCCCAAAAGUACCCAGAAUCAGUUUACGAUUUCACUGUCAAGGACGCAAAGGGAAAUGAUGUAAGCUUGAGUAUCUACAAGGGGAAAGUAGUACUAAUUGUCAAUGUUGCUUCCAAAUGCGGAAUGACCAACUCCAAUUACACAGAGCUGAAUGAUCUGUACCGAAAGUACAAAGAUCAAGGCCUGGAGGUACUAGCAUUCCCUUGCAACCAGUUUGGUGAUGAAGAACCGGGGAACAACGAGGAGAUUGCUGACUUCGUCUGCACUCGGUUCAAAUCCGAGUUCUCCAUCUUUGAUAAGAUAGAAGUGAAUGGAGAGGAUGCAUCCCCACUGUACAAGUUCUUGAAGACAGGGAAAUGGGGAAUCUUUGGUGACGACAUCCAAUGGAACUUUGGCAAGUUUCUGGUCAACAAACAUGGCCAAGUUGUUGAUCGUUACUACCCAACCACUUCUCCCCUUAGCAUCGAGUAUGACAUAAAGAAGCUGCUGGGAACCUCAUAAGAGAGUUCUGCUACUGAUGAAUAGCUCUUAUCAUCGACAUAGGAAUUCAUUUCAAGCACGUGACGUUUGCUUCCUUCUUCCUGCAACUGCUGCUGCUGUCCUUUAUUAAUGUGUCCAGAGAUUUUCGGGGACUCCCAAGCAUCCUAAUUGGACGCGACAUCCCAAGCCUGUGGCUUCAGAAACUUGGCUAUGGAAUAUGUAAAACUUGUUUCAGUUUAUGGUCUUUCUUUUCCUAUCUGGUCUUCAUCUGUAACCUUUAGAAGUCUCUGAUCAACAAUAUUGCAUGUCAGAUCUAAGUCAAGUUCAUUACAUACUUCCAUACUAUCAUAAAGAGAUGAGAAAUAAAACCAACAGGAUUUGAUUAAACUUUGUUACUGCCAAUCACCAAAGACUGAUACUCAUAAAUACCCAGAAAACAAAUUCUAAACUGAUGG